AUGUCUUCCCCCUGUUUGAGUGGCGGAGGCGGCAGAGCCUAUGGAGGAUUCGACCUGGAAAUCGUGAAAUCGACUUCCUCCAGAACUUCCCAGACAACCUCUUCUUCCCCAUCUUCAACCCUCUCCGAAUCUAGCAAUUCCCCCUUAGCAAUCUCCACUAGAAAGCCUCGUACACCUCGCAAGCGCCCCAAUCAGACUUACAACGAGGCCGCUGCCUUGCUCUCCACUGCCUACCCCAAAAUCUUCCCCGCCGCAGCCGUCCCCACAUCCAAGCCUUUCUCCCCACUCCCCCUCGAUUCCUCCGAAUUGCUGUUUUUCCCAAUUCGGGAGAAAUCGAAGGACCCCAAAUCGGCGGCCACGACGGAGGUGAGCUCGCGGGACAAUUCGUGCCAGAGCAGCAGCGUCGCCGAUUGGAAGGAAUUGUGCGGCGGCGGCGGAGGAGGGUACGAUGAGGAAGAAUUCGAUGCGGAAUCGAUUCUCGACGAGGAAAUCGAGGAAGGAGGGAUCGAUUCCAUCAUGGGGAAUCUGAGUGUGGUCAGCAGCAGCAGCGUAGGGGAAUCGGUCAAUCAGAGCCAAAUUCCGGGCUUCGUUUACGGGUACCCGCCCGGUUUUUCCAGCCGGAAUUUCCACCAGUGGGUCGGCAAUGGCGCCCCUGCCAGCAGAAACAGGGGAGGAAUCAGGGCGUUUAGGAGGGUGGACGAUUGGUGGAGCUACCCGGUGGUCGAUGUCCUCCAAAUCUCUCCCAGGCUCAACUCCACCAACCGCCGGUCGAGCUCCAGCUUCGAUGUCCUGCCCGGCGGCGCGGAAAGCAACGGCAAGGCGACGGUGAAACAGAGUCUUCCUGGUUCCGGGGAGAAGAAGAAGAGCAGCAAUAGUAGUAGCAAGAAGAAGAAGAAAGUGGAGAAAUUGGAAGAGAAUGAAUCGAAAGCUGCAAUUUUGAGGGAAGAAGAGGAGAAAUCCAAAGCUGGGAAAUCUGGGUUGCUGCUGAAUUUGAACUACGAUGAGGUUUUGAAGGCGUGGUCGGGGAAAGGGUCGCCGUUCCCGGAGGAUUUGGACGGAAAUGAUGUUUCCACUAGGGUGGCGCAAAUCGACUUAUUUUCACUGGAUGGGGGAGUGAAUGACGGAAUCAGAGAAGCGAGCGUGUUGAGAUACAAAGAAAAGCGUCGGAGUCGGUUGUUUUUCAAGAAGAUCCGCUAUCAAGUUCGCAAAGUCAAUGCCGAUCAACGCCCCAGAAUGAAGGGCCGAUUUGUGAGAAGGUCAAACUCCAUCAGAAGCGAGAGAAGUAGUAGCCCUAGCAGUAGCAGCCAGAACGACGACGAACUAUAA